CAGCGGCUGGUGAUGCCUGGAGCAUUAAACUGUCUGCCUAUCAUCAGCCUGCAAGUGAUUUAUUCACUUUUGUUUCAGGUCAGAGGCGCAUGGUUUCCUUGUGGUCUCCAACUCCAUUUGCUUAGACUCUGUCACACCGGACCGUUCCCUUGCUUGGAGUAGGCAUGUGCCUUGGGUCACGCUUAUCGUGAUCAACGUCCCCUCGUGACCUUGGGUUACCUAUCCUCCAUAUUUCACUAUCAUUUAACGAAUAAAGCUACGUUCGGCGUAAUUCCUGGAUCACCAAGUUCAACAAAGUUCAAGUCCAAUUAUUCCAUCAUCAAGGUGGAAGGAAGCAACCCUUGCUCGUCUCCCAUUUUCGGCAAGACAACAAUCCAGCAUCAACAUCAUCAAUCGCCUUCGAACCGCCUCGACCCCAAACCAACAUGCCCACCUAUCUUUACGCUUGAUUAUCGAAAGAACUCGAUAUGUCCUCCAAGUUAUUCUCCCGAUCGAAAUUCUCCGCAAGAGGGUCACGGUCGUUUUAUGAACAGCUCCGUUCUGGCGAUGAUGACGAAUACGAUCCCGGCAUCGAUGAAGAGAACCUUGGUCAUCAGUUUGAUGACGAUUUUCAUCCCGAAGGACUCGAUAUUGGCGAUAGCCGCAUGACAAUAGAAAGUGCAGCUCUGAACCCAAAGGGCAAAGGAAGGGCUAAGGCACUAAGGAAGCAGGCGCAAAGUCCCGGUGGACCCUCGCCGCGAUGGCACCAGCAGGACGACGACGGUGACAACGAGGUGCCGGCAUCGUUACUCAUGGAGCCAAACGAAGUAGUAAACUUACCCCCCACAUCGCCCAGACGAGCAGCACCAUCGAACAAUCCCCAAAGUCUAGAAGCUGCAGGCCCAUCAUCAGCACGGGCAAGGGCGCAGUGGGAAGCAGCCACAGCUCAGCAACAACUUCAUCAAGAGAAUAGGUAUGGGGUGCCCGCUGGACCACAACCUAUGCCCGUGGCUAGGGGCUUGAUAGCGAGUAAUCCGAGGGAGAAAGCACUCUGGCGAUGGGUUAACACCUCAAAUCUAGACAGCUUUAUGCGGGAUGUUUACGACUAUUAUGAAGGUGGGGGACUGUGGUGCAUUCUGUGUGCUAACGCUCUAUGGCUCUUAGAGACACUUUUCGUCGCGGUGUUGCUCACCUUCCUUUGUCAAUGCAUUGACUAUUCAAAGAUUCCACACAGCAAAUCCUUACAUGAGGUUGUAGUUCCCCAAUGUACGCGCAAAAUGUCGGGUCUCUGGAACCUGGCGAUUUGGCUUUACACAUUCUUCUUCAUUUGGAAGUGUGUACAAUACUUUGUGGAGAUUCGCCGCCUCCUCUACAUCAGGGACUUCUACAUUUACUUGCUGGAUAUUCCGGAACAAGACAUGCAAACUGUUUCGUGGCAGGAUAUUGUGGCUCGUAUCAUGGCGCUGCGUGAACAGAACCCGAAGACUGCAACAAACAUCACACCGAAACUGAGACAGUUUAUUGGCAGCCAGUCGAAAGAACGGCUUGAUGCACACGAUAUUGCUAAUCGACUCAUGCGCAAAGAGAAUUACCUCAUUGCGAUGAUCAACAAGGAUGUCCUGAACUUGUCUUUGCCAGUUCCGUUUCUUCGCGGCCGCCAGCUAUUUUCCAAGACUAUGGAAUGGUAUCUUCAUUACUGCAUCCUUGAUAUGGCCUUCAACGAGUUGGGCCAAGUUCAGCAGGACUUUUUGCGCCCGGAUCGCAGACGUCUCUUGAGCCAAAAACUGAAGCAGCGGUUGAUGUUCGCGGGGUUUCUAAAUCUUAUCUUCGCGCCUGUUGUGCUUGCAUAUGUUGUCAUUGUUUACUUCUUCACUUAUUAUUAUGAGUACACAAAGGAUCCCAAGCAAGCUGCAGCGCGCAAGUACACUUCUCUAGCAGAAUGGAAAUUCCGCGAAUUCAACGAACUGCCACAUAUAUUUUACGAAAGGCUGCACAUGUCUUAUCCAUUCGCCACUCGGUAUAUCGAUCAGUUCCCCAAGAGGAUGACUGAAGAUAUUGCGCGAACCAUCGCUUUCAUGACAGGUGCAAUUACUGCCAUUCUCGCUGUAGGCUCUAUUCUUGACUCGGAGCUUUUUAUUAACUUCGAGAUCACGAAAGACAGGCCAGUCCUAUUCUAUCUCGGAAUCUUUGGUGCCAUUUGGGCUAUCACCCGAGGAAUGGUGUCCGAAGAGACAUUAGUAUUCAAUCCCGAAUAUGCCUUGAUGAAUGUGAUUGAGUACACACACUACAUGCCCGAUCACUGGAAGAAUAAGCUUCACAGCUUCGAGGUUAAACAGGAAUUUGCAGAGCUUUACAAGAUGAAAGUGGUCAUUUUCCUCGAGGAGGUGAUGGGCAUAGUGACGACGCCUAUGUUGCUCUUGUUUUCACUGCCUAAGUGCAGUGACCAGAUCGUCGAUUUCUUCCGCGAAUUCACAAUCCACGUUGACGGCCUUGGCUAUGUCUGCUCCUUUGCGGUAUUCGACUUUCAGAAAGGACCAGGAAAUACGGGCCAUCAGGGGCAACGACCGGAUGUUCGUGAGGACUACUACUCAACGAAGCACAACAAGAUGGCCGCAUCCUACUUUGGGUUCCUUGACAACUACGUUACCAACCCCAAGACUGGUAUUCCCGGUCAUACACCGUUUGGAGGAAAACCAGCCUUUCACCCACCUCCAGCUUUCCCAGGGCUUGCCUCUCCAUCAUUAGGAGCAGACAUGCAGGGUUCUCAUAUUGGUCGCGCGGAAACGGGACAUGCCAGAAGUAGAGCCCCCGGUGGACGAGGUCCACGUACGGGACCAAUACCACAGCCCUCCCCAAUGGCGUCUGUCCUGUUGGAUCAACAUCAUCAACCUGCUGGGGUGAACAUGGGUGCACGUAGUCUUCAUUGGUCAAGGUAUCCGCGAGGAUUCCGCGGGGAAAGCCAAAUAACUGAAGAAGCUGAAGAUAGCGCCAUGAGGCGAACUGGGGAAGAUGACGAACUGUACGAGCCAGGGGGGGAACUAGGUGAAUCGACCUGGGAAACGUCCCCCGCAAAAGGGGUGACACGGGAGAACAGUGCAGCCAAUACAGACGAUCCUGGUGAAGGGGUACUGGGCAUGAUAUACCAGCUUCAGCAAACGCAGCGAUCCCGGCGCGGUGGGGGCAUGGUCUGAUAUAGAACAUCUCUCGGGGGGGGGGGUUCAUUCAUUCAUUUAUCUUCCCAUUUUGGGUGAACCACAUGGCGUCAAGGCGAGUACUGGAAGUUAUCUCCCCGGAAUACCCUUCUCCUUGGAAAACGGAGGUGGAUUUUAUUGUCGCUUUGCGUAGAUUGGGUUUUGUUUAUUGCGACUAUCUGUCUUGUGACUGGCAGUGAAGGAUUCGGCAUCGGAGCGUCGGCCAGUGUACUUGGGUGGCAGGAGCAGACUCUUGGGUACCUAUAAAUGAAUAGGUAAGCCCACUACGUAUAUUUAGAGUAAAACAUUGUACCCAUUAUCGAGCUCUUGGAAACUGUUCAAACUGGUUUGCUAGGUACUCUCAGGUUUAUACGACAGGCAAACAAAUUCCAAAGAGAAGAUCGGGGUUGGGGCGAUAAAUCCGAGGCCGUGAAAUGUAUGUGUCUCGGGAUAACGACGAGUCGUAAUUAAUGAUAAUACCGAGGCCGUUUGCACAAACAAAACACAGUCAGCGGGAAGUUUCUUGCACGGAGACUACAUACGGUAGGUAGGUGGCAAAUGGAGGAAAUGGGAGAGGGGAUUUAGAAGAGGGUGUGAUGUUGACGAUAUUAAAAAGGAGCUUAUUCGGACGAGUUGCAAACAUAAAUAAGCGGUGUCUUUCAGGCAUCUGUCUGAUAAGCCAGAGUCAAACAUGGACCAUUCAUUAAUCAAUGUUGCAAUGCGUA